AUGAGUUCUGACCGAGAGGAGUAUGACAUGGUCUGUCAGAAAGCUGUGACCCUAAUUGUUGACCUUUGCCUGCACAAUAGCACAUUACUGGAUCAGGAUACCUGUCAGGAUUUCCUCUUCCUGCUGUCCAGCCAGAGCUCUGACCACAAAGAACAGGACGCUACUUUUGGCCUCCUGCUUGGUGUGUUUGUGGUCUGUGGCCUGGCUCUGUUGGGCCUUCUUACAUUCAUCUCCUGGAAGCUGUGCUGGGUGCCUUGGCGGACAAAGGCCCAUUUCCCCAGCCCAUCUCUUACCCAGGCCCGUGGCCCAGAGCACUGCCCGCUCCAGCCGCCUCUCCUGCUGCCCAGUCCCCAGCAGCCGCCGGUCACCAUGGCGACAGAGAAGGUGAAGGACCCCAUGGGCUCAAUGGGUUUCCUGGAGGCGGCGGUGAAGAUAAGCCAUACAUCUCCCGACAUCCCCACUGAUGUGCAGCUCUCCAUGAGGGAGCACUUCCUGCGCCGCACGCAACGCAUGCAGAGACAAACCACUGAGCCAGCUUCCUCCACUCGGCACAAUUCAUUCAAAAGACACCUGCCCAGGCAGAUGCAGGUAGGCAGUCUAGACCUGGGAAAUGACUACAUGGUGGACAAAGACGAAAAGCCCACCAGCAUUGGCCGCAUCCAGCCCGAGCUCUACCAACAGAAGGCCCUGGAGUCAGAGGAUUCAUCCAAGAACGGCAGCAGCAAAAACUGUGGCAGGAUUAACUUCUCUCUCAAGUACGACUACGAGAACGAGGCCCUCUUAGUCAACAUCCUCAAGGCAGUAGACCUGCCCGCCAAAGACUUAUGCGGCACAUCUGACCCUUACGUGAAGGUCUACCUGCUGCCCGACCGCAAGAAGUUCCAGACUCGCGUCCACCGGAAAACUCUCAACCCCACAUUCGACGAGAGCUUCCAGUUUCCUGUGCCUUAUGAUGAGCUGGCAGUCAGGAAGCUCCACAUGAGCGUCUUUGACUUUGACCGGUUUUCACGGCACGACAUGAUCGGGGAGGUGGUGCUGGACAACUUGUUUGAGACGUCAGACCUCUCCAGGGAGACAAACAUAUGGAGGGACAUCCAAUAUGCCACCAGUGAAAGUGUUGACCUUGGAGAGAUCAUGUUCUCACUAUGCUACCUGCCCACCGCAGGCAGACUCACACUUACUGUCAUCAAGUGCAGGAACCUCAAGGCCAUGGACAUCACUGGAUACUCAGAUCCCUACGUCAAAGUGUCGCUCAUUUGUGACGGGAGACGUCUGAAAAAGAAGAAGACGAGCAUAAAAAAGAACACUCUGAAUCCCACCUACAAUGAGGCCAUCAUCUUCGACAUCCCACCAGACAGUAUGGACCACGUCAGCCUGCACAUCUCCGUCAUGGACUACGAUUUGGUAGGUCAUAAUGAGAUCAUCGGUGUGAUGCGGGUUGGAUGCCAUGCCGAGGGACUUGGCAGGGACCACUGGAACGAAAUGCUGGCUUAUCCACGCAAGCCCAUUGCACACUGGCACCCCCUGCUGGAGUCCAAGAAAUCUGAGAAGGAGUGGAAGGCGAGGACAGCCAGCUUUGACAGCCAAGGAUCCUGCCCCUCACCCAGGCCCCCUGCCAGUCCCUGA